UGCUUGACGUCUUGAGCGGCCUUAGUAUCAUAGUAAAAAUGGCUGACAUCGAAGAGAAUUUACGUGAAUUAGUGGAAUUACAGAACGACUACAAUGCUACAUUACACGACAUUCAACUUUUGGUGAGAGAUAUUGAAAGACUACAAAAGGAGAAUGAGAGUUUGGCUGUGCAGCAAGACUGUUCUGAAAGUUUUAACUGGUCACCAUUGAAAGAAACAUUACGGAUUGUACUGGAAAUAGACAGGAACCCUGAACUUGAAGAAGAUGUUUUACAAGUGUUGAGUCAGAAGCUUUCCUCACUUCGGAUGGACCUGUCGGCUUUAAGAAGUGCUGAUCACUAACAUAUGCAUAUCUCCAUGUCUUUAACUCUCCAUUUAUUUGCUAGUAUUCCAUUUGACCCCAUUCCUUCUCUACCUUACCACAUAGAUUGUCAUUUGUUGUCGCCUCUUGAACUUUUUUGUGAUAUUUUAUCAUAACGACCUCCAGACAAGCAAAUGACAGAUGCUUACAGAGAAACAGUAUCA